AUGCCUGAUAACCCAAAAAUGGUUAGACUCGACAGGCCAACCCAAACUGCUUCCGCUCGGCGUGAGAGAGCUACUGAGCAGGCUGCGAGGGGUCACGAACAUCGUCGGGAACCACAAGAGAAAGUGGAGGGACCAUUCACUUCUUCUCUCAGGAUUCGUCUAUCCCGUGUGUCCUCAUCUAUGAAUAAUGAGGAGGCACCAAAGGAGGUACAUGUUUCUGCACACGAGGAGGUUCAUGUUCCUGCACAAGACGAGGUUCGUGUUCUAGCACCCGUGCAUGUUACCCCGACUUACCUAGGAGGGCCCUUUGACACCUCCUUCUUGAUAUAUUACUCCGAUCAUGUCGCCCGACAUGUUUUCAGUGGAGAGACACUACUAAAGUCUGUGAACCACGCUCGCAAAAUAUUCACUCUGGUUCAUCCUACUGCAAAUUGGUUCAAGGAUAACAUUAUUGCCUUCGGACUUUUAGGACUUUGUUGUUCUAGUUACAACACCAUUAGCCACAAAAUGCAUGAGGCAUUCGUUGAUAGAUGGCACAAGGAGACGUCAUAUUUCCACUUUUCGGUUGGAUAG